UUAACAAUUUGUAUAGGGGAGCCUAUAACCCUUAGAGGGCGCGUCCUCGGGUGGUGGUUAGAGCAAGGCUCUGAUGAAUUUAAUCACACCGGCGGAUAGGUGGGGAAGGAAAUACCAUCCGCGGAGCAACAGGUGGUAGAUAGUAGUCCUGACCUGUAGAGAAAGCAAUCCCCGAUAUUCGGAAUAAAACUAAAAUGUUGAAAGGCCCAAACUUUGCUUCAAAAUGGAUCGGAACUUCGGAAACGACUUAAGCUUCGGAAAAGCAUCCUAUUUCGGAUAAUAAAUGAAGUUACAUGAUAACUCAUGAAGAUCAAGAUAGACAUUGUAUUAAUUAAGGAGACUAUGAGAAAAGGACAGGGGUUAGAAAAUCUCAGGUACUUCGAUCAUUUCUUUAGUGGCGUACCUAAAGACCAGAGCGGUAAACAGGGAGUAUCUAUUAUGACACGAAGGUGUAAAUAUGCUCAUGCGCGGACACAAAACCACAAUUUUUUGAGCAUACGGCGUAAACUAAGACGCUCUGGUGAGCGAGAAAGAAGAAUUAACUUAUAAAACUGGGGGACAUGAAUAGUAGAAGAGGGAAGCAAGACAACGACAACGCGAUAGGAAAAUAUGGUGAAGAGCAUGUGUUAGCCCUGCGGACUAUAAUUUGGAAGAAACUCUUUCGACCUUGAGAUAUGCUGACAGAGCGCGAAAAAUUAAGAACAAACCAGUGAUAAACCAAGGCCUAAGUCUUCUGCAGUUAGAACGAGUUAAGAGUGAAACCGAAAUGAGAGAGUUAACACGUGUAGAGCAACAAGAUCAGAAAAAGCAAACUGAAAUAACAAAAAUUAAGUUAAUGCAUGCUAAUCAGCAGAAUGUGUUGAAAUGGAAGUUUGAAGAAGCGGCGGCAUUAAAUAAAAGACUUCAACAGACUCUGAUUUUGAGGAAACAAGUACAAGAUUCUAAAUUUAAUGGAAAACCCGAUAAAAUUGGUCCUUUGCUUAAACAAGAAUUAGAGAUCAUGAUGAACCUGAUAGAGUUAGAGACAACAUUAAGUGGAUUGCUAGAUGAUAGAGCAAUUUUACAACAGCAAUUAGAUGAACUGAUGAAGAAUCCGAAAACUGCGGAGUCGAACGAAACAAAAACGAUUAAAGAUGAUAUUGAAUUAAGAUCUGUGCAAAUUCAAGAUUUACAACUGAAGUUGCUGGAUUUUGAUGAAGAGAAACCAAAAACUAGGUUUGAUAGAAUCCAAUCUAUGGCAGAGGCAAAAUAUGCGCUCAAAUUAUUGUUUGAGCAAGCCGAAGAAUUUUUCAAGAAAUUUGUUCAGUGCAAAAAUAAAUGUAGCGAAUUGAUGGAGAUUAAUAAAGUACUUUCAGAGAAAAAUGAAAGAGACGCCCAUACCUUAAAACUGACUGAAGACAAAUAUAGGGAUAUCCUGUCCAACCAGCAACAGGUGUAUGAAGAAAAGGUGGCGAUAUUAGUGAGGCAACUUAGAGGAAUCGAAAAUGGAAGUCAAAAUGGCGAUUCCGGAUUGUCUCGAUGCCAAACUCAAAAGGAAUUAAUUGAGAAACAAGAAAAACAGAUAGAAGAGCAGCAAAAACUAAUAAAUAAGUUAAAGAAUAAAUUAGAAGAGAAUGAGAAAGCCAAUUUGGAGAAUGUCCCGAUAUCCCAAAAUUCAAGGAAAAGAAACAAAUCGACUGUUGUUGAGAGCAUUGAAGAAGAUGAUAAACUUGCAGAACCUAUAGACGCAUCAGAACCCGAAGAUUCGUUCGGCGACGAUCUUAUUAACGAUCCUGAUUGGCGAAAAACGCCAUUAGGGAAGAGAGUAAUAGCGAAAAAGAAGAAAAUUAUCAAACAAAGUCAGAUUUCGGUACAAGGUCAAAAUGGCGAUUUCGGAUUGUCUCGAUGCCAGACUCAAGAGGAAUUAAUUGAGAAACAAGAAAAACAGAUAGAAGAGCAGCAAAAACUACUAAAUAAGUUAAAGAAUAAAUUAGAAGAGAAUGAGAAAGUCAAUUUGGAGAAUGUCCCGAUAUCCCAAAAUUCAAGGAAAAGAAAAUGUUAAGGGUUGAAUAACAUUUUUCGGUAACUUCAUAAUUUUUUUGUUUUGGGUUAACUUUUUAUUUUCGCGCUGUGUAUACAACACCCCCACCAUACCCAACCUUGGUUAAGCCGCGCGAAAAGACAGACUUGCGUGAGCGUCCGUAGUGCGAACCACGAAAAAACAAGCUCUCUUUUGUGACCGGUUCGCGAGAACCCCGCGCUGUGUUGUGGUCCUUACCACCCCCAACCCUCCAGAAAAUACCCCUAAGAAGACCCGGCCGAGCAGACGACGACGCGGGAAACCAUCAACGUGGGUGAUUAACCGUUUCGGGUGAU